AUGAAAAAAAACAAAAACACUAAAAUAACUGGCGGCAAAGUUAUUUUGGUUCCUUAUCAAGAAACCCACGUGCUCAGAUAUCACAGCUGGAUGCAAGAUGCGAGCAUUCAACAGCUGACAGCCUCUGAGCCACUGAGUCUGCAAGAUGAAUAUGCAAUGCAGAAAUCUUGGAGAGAAGAUGAUGAUAAAUGCACAUUCAUCGUUCUGGAUAAAAAGCUUUUUGAUUCAACACAGGAUGAAGUAGAAUCAAUGAUUGGAGAUGUAAAUUUGUUCAUUAACACAGAUGAUAUUCACCAGGCUGAAUUGGAAGUUAUGAUAGCAGUGGCGGAAAUGAGAGGUGGGGGGAGGGGUCGGGAGACCUGCCUACUCAUGAUGCGAUAUGGAAUUGAGGCAUUGGGUGUGACGUCAUAUUUGGUUAAGAUAGGCUACGAUAACGCUCCUAGCCACAAUUUAUUUCAAAAAUUACGUUUUAAAGAGGUUAAUUAUUUUUUUAUUAUAGUUAUAACAAAAUAA